ACCGUUCUUUCUCGGAAUUCUUGCAAAGCAAACACACAAGACAUAGGCGGGAAACUCUCCAUCAUGAAACAAAACGGCGUCAAUGAGGCUGGCGCAACAAAUCCGACUUCGUCGAGCUCAUCAAGUAGUGAUCAGACUGGUAGUAGCAGUGGCAGCAGCUUGACACCGAGCUCAGGUACGUCAGCUACUGGAGAGAGCUAUCAUAGCAGCGGUGUCACUAGCAGCAGUAGCGGCAGUGGAAGCAGUUCUUAUACCGAAGCAAGCAGCACAGUUUCAACUCUACCUCCAGUUACAGAAGACGAAGAUGGUGAUGAACCUGACGGUCCCCCAAGGUCUAAAAACUGGGGAUUGCUUUUAUCAGCUAAUGAAAGGCUGUUCGAUAAUUUUGGACUGCAGCAAGAUCAAUACUUGUUUGGUAGAGCAAGGACAUCAGAUUAUGUGUUUGAGUUGCUGAGGUUUCCAGGCCAGGGCUACUUCAAGAGCUUGAGUAACAACCAUUUCAAAAUAUUUAGGGAACUGCACUCAGCGGGGGAUAAAAAUGAUUACACAGUGUUUUUAGAAGAUCUUAGUGCAAAUGGUACUGCCAUUAAUGGUACAAUUGUAGGGCAGAAGAAAACAAGAAUUUUAAACUCAGGGGAUGAAAUCUCACUUGUAUAUAAGAAAGCCUUUAUUUUUCAUGAUAUUGGAGAAACUGAAGCACAACAGGACAAAUAUCCAAAGGAACUUACAGAAAAAUACACAAUAGCAAAAAUACUAGGACAGGGUGCAUGUGGCGAGGUUAGAUUGGCGUAUCAGCAAAUCUCCCGCAAGCAGUAUGCAGUUAAAAUUAUACAAAAGAAAAGGUUUUCCGUUGGGGUCACGAUGUCCAAAUCCAUGAUGGAUGAAGUCAAUAUUCUGCGGACACUUGAUCACCCAGGCGUCAUCAAAAUUGAAGAUUUCUUUGAUGCUGAAGACACUUUGUUUAUUGUUUUGGAGUUAGUCCGUGGUGGUGAGUUAUUCGACAGAGUUGUGAAAAUGGGGAAGUUCACAGAGACGAUUUCAAAGCUUCUUUUCUACCAGAUGCUUUGCGCUGUUGAUUACUUGCAUUCGAAUAAAAUCACCCACAGAGAUUUAAAGCCAGAGAACGUCCUGCUCCAAACAGAUGACAAAGAAACAGCUGUUAAGAUUACAGAUUUUGGUCUUUCCCGAAUCGUUGGUGAAAACUCAUUGAUGAGAACUCUUUGUGGUACACCUAACUACCUUGCUCCAGAGGUUAUCAAAACUGGCGGAACUGGUGGUUACAGCAAAGCAGUCGAUUGCUGGAGUCUAGGGUGUAUCCUGUUUAUCUGUCUUGGUGGAUACCCCCCGUUUUCGUCCGAGCAUCCAACAAUGUCACUUUAUGAGCAAAUUCUACAAGGGUUUUAUUCGUUUCCUGAUGAACACUGGAGAUCAAUAUCACAAGAAGCUAAAGAUUUAAUCAAGAAACUUCUAACUGUUGAUGAGAAGGAACGAAUAUCAGUCUCAGAUGCUUUGAGGCAUCCUUGGCUCGAGCAGGAUGAAGGAAUGAGGUCGAAAGCGCGAUCUUUGAUGUAUCCAGAGGGAGAACCGAUGCCUCCUCCUGCCGUCGUUCCAGCGGUGAGAAAGUCGUCAUCAUCUGACGAAGGCCAACCAGAAGCCAAAAGGCCUAGAAUUUCGUCGGAGAAGGCCGAGGAAUAAUAAUCUUCUUGGUGCUGAACUUGCAAAAUCGUUUUAGAUUUAUUAUGAGAUGAUGUGGCGAACUUAUUAUAUUCGAUUCACAAUUUUAUGUCUUUUAUAAAGAAAAACUGAACGUUUUUAGAUAAAGUUACCUUAAGCAUAAAUUAACGUUUCUAUUUUGUGUGUCACUUAUUUUUUUAAACAGGAAAUGUUAUUUAACUUAAUUAAAGAUUUUGCCAUUUUGUGGCAAUAGGAGAAUAUGGUUUUUUACUUUAUGAAACUGUGAUAAUUUCUCAGUUUGGUUUAUAAUUCAUACUAUAUUUAAUGUGAUGUGAUGACUAUGUUCAGUUGUGAUUUCUAUCUAAAUUCAUAUUUGUCUAAGUUUGAAAGAUUUUUGAUUAAAUUUUUUGACGAUAAACUUUUGGCAAUGGUUGAAAUCGAAGCAAAAAUUAUCACUAACCAGUGUUAAAUACUUAAUUAAUAAUUUUAUGGGUUUAUUGAAGAUUUUACUAUACAUAAUGUUCUUGUUGUU